AGUUGUCGCAUAUUUUGUCUAAGGUGUGUUUGCAAGUAGAAGCUUCUGAAAUAAGUACGGAAGAUGCGGUUUUGAUUAAUAAGUUAGUAGAUGAUAUUAAUGCGUUGUAUAAAAAGAUUAAUAGUUUAGUUAAUGAUCCCAUAGGAACCGAAGUUUCAUCCAAAAUGGCUACGGAAAAACCAAAUUUUGAUCUUAAAACUGCAAUUCCACUUUUACCUACUAUGACAGGACAAGAGUCAGUCACCAAGCAGUUAAUUGAUAGCAUUGAACUAUAUAGUACAAUGAUAAAUAACAGUUCUCAGCAGCAGUUAAUAGAUUUCGUUUUAAAAACACGCUUAUCUCAGAGUGCAAAAUUACGGUUACAGUCUAGAUAUGAUAGCGUUAAUCUUUUGGUAAAGGAUAUGAAAUCGAAAUUAUUGCAAAAAUUAUCUCCUGUCGCGAUUCAAGCACAAUUGCAGCGUUCAAAACAAGGCCAUAGAUCUAUUGAAGCGUUCGGUAGUGAAUUAGAGAACUUAUUUGUCAAUUUAACAAUAGCCCAAGCCGACGGUAAUGACAGUGCAUUUGAGAUAUUACGUCCACUCAAUGAAAAAAUUGCGAUUAAAAGAUUUUCGGACGGACUGUCAGACCCUCGACUUAGCACUAUAGUAGCGUCCCGCCAGUUUUCAUCGCUCCCGGAGGCUAUCAGGACAGCUAAAGACGAAAAGUCUAUGUCAACGAGCACUGAGCCCGAGGUCAUGAAGGUAAGGCAUUCGAAUUUUGGUUCUCAGGCAAGGCAUGGCGGAAAUCAUCGAGCAAGGUAUUUUAGGUCAAAUUACCAGUAUAACAAAAAUACAAAGAAUUAUAAUUCUAAUUCCCACAGAAACGUGCAAAAUAAUCGUAAUUUUACGUAA